CACCUAAUCUUUCUCACUGAAACGACGUCGGCUAACUCAAUUGAAGGCUGUGUCGUUAUUGCCUUUCUCAAGAACACGAACCUUCUUUAGCAUUGCCUAGGGGAGAAAUUGACGUCCACGUUGUCCGGAGUGGACCAAGCCAACAAGCAUUUGUAGAAAAAAAAUCUUUCGUUUCAACUUUCCCCUCUCAGAUCACCAUGGACAAAGAGCAAAGUCAUGGAAAUGGAAACAGAAAGAGAGCAGGGGGAAAGAGUAUAGAGGGAGCAUCCACUUCUUCGUUCAUCUCUCCGGUACCCACAGAUGUAGGUAGCGGUCAAUAUGAUGUGUUCUUGAGCUUUAGAGGCUCGGAUACCCGCAAGGCAUUCAUCGAUCACCUCUACCAUAGUUUGAUCGAGGCAGGGACUGUACCGAUUUGCGUGUUCAGGGAUGAUAACAGCAUACCAAUUGGUGAGGAAUUUGGUUCGAAGAUUCUCAAUGCCAUCACACGGUCUAAGAUUUCGAUCCCCGUCAUCUCUGAAAAUUAUGCUUCGAGCAAAUGGUGCCUCCGCGAGCUCAUUCAUAUCAUGGACCGCAAGAAGAGCACAUCACACAUAGUGUUGCCCAUCUUUUACAAAGUGGACCCAUCAGAUGUGCGGUAUCUAAAAGGAAGUUUUGGGGAGGCAUUCCAUUCGCGUAAAAAGCAUUUUGAUGAGAAGGAUAUCCAGGAAGGGCAGCGAGCACUUAGAGAAGUGAGUGACUUACAUGGAUGGGAAUCCGAGAAAGUUGCUAACGGGCAUGAAGGAGAAUUAGUGGAAAAAGUUAAGAAAAAGGUUCUGAGCGAGUUGCAACAAGAUUUUCAGCUUGAUGUUAGUAAGCACUUAGUUGGAAUUGGUGAUCAUGUGAACAAAAUCAGGAAUUGGGUAGACACUCCUACCACUAAUGCUCGAAUGAUUGGAAUCUAUGGCAUGGGCGGGAUCGGAAAAACGACACUUGCCAAGGUAAUCUAUAACUGGCUGUCGAAUGACUUUGUGCAUCGCAGCUUCCUUGCAGAUAUUCGAGAAACAGUUUGCCGCAACGGUAUUCCUUAUUUACAAAAGCAACUAAUUAAGGAAAUUCUGCAAAUCGAACCUGAAGUUUGGAAUGUUGACAAUGGAAUUAAUACAAUCAAAUCUAGAUUCAAAGGAAAAAAGGUUCUCAUUCUUCUGGAUGAUAUAGAUGACAAGAAUCAACUAGAUGCGUUGGCUAGGGAACAUAAUUGGUUUGCGGUAGGAAGUAUGAUCAUUGUUACAACUAGAAAUGAAGCCGUUCUUGAUCAAUCUGAAUUCGAGGUAGACUACAAGUAUGAAUUGUAUGGAUUGGAUGAGGUGCAUGCUUUACUUCUAUUUAACAGACACGCAUUUCGUAUGGACCAUUCUCCGAGAGACUUUGACGGUAUAUCUCGUGAUAUCAUAUCCACCAUGGGUGGGCUUCCCUUGGCACUUCAGGUUGUAGGUUCAUACUUGUACAAAAAAACGAAUCGAAAAGUGUGGGAAGAUGUGUGGAAGCAAUUAGAAGGCCAACCACAUAAAGAAGUCCAGAAGAUAUUGAAAAUAAGUUAUGAUGCAUUAGAAGAUGGACAUAAGCAGAUUUUUCUCGAUAUUGGUUGUUUCUUUAUUGGCAAAGGGAGCGAAGUGCACAAAUUCGCCAUGUACAUGUGGGAGGGCUGUGGGUUUUAUCCAAAUCAAGGAAUUGAAGAAUUGAAGUUGAGGUGCUUAAUUAAAAUUGGAGAUGAUGGUGAGUUUAUGAUGCAUGAUCAACUAAGAGAUCUUGGAAGGAGCAUUUUUUGUCAAAGACAACAGCUUGACAAACGUAGCGGGCUAUGGGAUUGUAACUACAACGGAGCCUUGAGAGUAGUACGGGAAGAAUGGAGCCCCUGGUUCCGUGACUGGAUGCGGGCAGCUUCAAGCGGAGGCUCUUCUAACGAACUCCUUUCUGAAGUAAGAUGGCUUCAAUGGUGCGUCUGGGACGACGAUCCGCCUCCCAGUUUGCAUCUACCGAACUUAUUGGUGUUGGAAUUAUCAGGGAGCAUAUUCCCAGAGGAUUGGGAAAGAUGGAGGAGUUCAUUCAUGACGGCAAAGCGGCUACAAGUUCUCAACCUCAGAUGGUGCUAUUGUUUAAGAUGUACUCCUGAUCUCUCAGCUUUCACACGGUUGAAGAUUCUCAUCUUGACUGAAUGUAUCUAUCUGGAGUAUCUCCACCCUUCUAUUGGCAAACUCAAGAGCCUCGUUUCCUUAGACUUGAGGGAAUGUCGACGUCUCAAGGAGCUACCGGAGGAAGUGGGCGAAUUAAAAGAUUUAGAAGAACUUGAAUUAGAGUAUUCUGGUAUUACAGAGAUCCCUACGUCUAUUGGUUCUCUGAGGAAGCUGAAGAAACUAAAUGCCUACAGGUGUGAGUCACUGAGAGAAAUCCCUAGCUCAAUUGGGGAUUUAAAGAAUUUGCAAUUUCUGGACGUCAGUUAUUCUCGGCUUGAAAAGCUUCCCAAUGCUAUUGGGGAUCUUUCUUCGCUCCAGCGCCUUGAGCUGCAUCGCUGUGACAAGCUUCGGUCGCUGCCACGGCUUUCUAGCCUAAUCCACCUAGAAAAACUCUGUCUUUGGGAAUGCCAUCUACUUGAAGACAUCCCCGAGCUUCCCUCGAGACUCUUGAAACUCUAUAUUGUGGAGUGUCAUAAGCUGAUAUUGCUUAAGCUCGACGGAUUGAAGAACUUGGAAACGUUUUCAAUAAAAAGCUGCAGUUCAAUUGAAAGAUUGGACCUUUCACAGUUAAUUCGUCUGAAACGAUUAUGUGUUGAGGAUUGCGAUAACCUAGUUGAAAUUCAGGGUCUUGAUGAUGCGAAGUUCUUAGAAGCGUUGAAUGUUAUAGGAUGUGAAUCAAUGGAGACUUUGCCAGAUUUGAAUGGAUGUGAGAGGUUACAAUAUCUAGUAGUUCAAGAUUGCGAGAAACUUACUUAGCUUCGGGGACUUGAAAAGUUGGAUUUAAUUGAUUUGGAUAUCUCUGAUUGUGACUCAUUGGAAGCAAUACCGAAAUUAUCCGGAACAUGCGUCUUUAGAAAUUAUGAACUAGAGCUAUCUUACGACUCAUGGAGUGAUGAUUCCUGAACAGAGAGUGAUUGAUGUUUCCUCAACAGAGGGUUUUGUACUUUCCUAAAUUGCUAGUCUUACAUAAUUGAAGGAGUGGGGGAGUUGGUCAUAGAUGCUGACAUGAUGCUUCAGCCAAGAUCAAAAUGUAGACCCAAAUGUCAAUUGAAGGCAUUGGUCUUCUACUUUUGUAGACUGCAAACAGAUUAGCGGCUAGUGAGGCAAGGAUGAAAAUAUUAAAGAUAGGUAAACAAGAAUUCCCUAGUGAUUUACAGUUUCCCUCUCGAUAAACCCGGGAUUUGAAUCUUUCAUCUAGAGGCCGAUGAUCUUCUACUAAAUAUUAUAAACUGCUCCCAAAGUCCAUUUUUCCCUAUGUCCAAAAUUCAUAUUUUUUGUUAAAAAAUCCUGGCCCAUUUUGAGUUCCUUUGUGAGUAUUUUUGUGUGUCAGAUUUGGCUAGUGACAGAUAUCUUGUUCAGAACAAAAACCUUUCAAUUUUCUCUGGUGAUCAAAAACCCGGUCAAGUUUCUUAUGGUUCCCUUGAUGUUCCUCUUGAAUCUUACAUGACAGAGCAUGAAUUCCCAGUAAGUAUGAGAAACUGAGCUAAAAUAAAAGUCAAGUUUCAAGUUUCUCUGGUUGGUGAUAAAAAAAAAUGAAAAGUAGUUCUGACUAGUCUGUCAUAUAUAAUUGUAGACCAGCUCAAAGCUGUUGUUUUGAAAGAUUAUCAUGCAAAGGCAAACUGGUGUUGCUUUUGUGAUGGGUCUGGUUAGUCUAUGUAAUGACUGAGGCUUACUAUUGGACUUCGAUUCAAUGAGUUGUAUCGAUAACCUUGUACAUAAUUGGGACAAUAUUUUGCCCGUUCUGUGAAACAAGCUGGGGUGAGGAGCUCAAGAAUUUGCUAAUUAGUUUGCAUCCCGUUUGAUCCUAUUGUUGUCAUGGAAUCGUUUUCUCACAUCAUUGAUCUGGGUCUGGCUAACUUGGCAGAGGAACUUCAAGUUUCAUACCAGAGCCCAAUCAAAAUGAAGAGGGAUUUUGCAGAGGAAGAAUCAGCAACAGCUGACGACCAUCUUGCGUGCCAACCAUGAAGAGGCUCGUGGGCCAACUGGAUUGUACUGAGGAAGUUUUGAUGCUUGUGAACAUCCAAACACCUGAUCAAGUCUCAACAGUACAUUCCUAAAUGCUUAGUUGUUUGAUGCAGUUGCUUUCUAAUGAUAUCACUCCCGAUCUCGAUGAGGCUCUGCAGACGGAGGUAUGCACUACCAGUCGUACCGUAACUAUGAAAGACUAACUCGUGUGCUUAUACUAUAGGAGCUGCACAUUUCACCUGAAAAUCAGUAUACAAGGAUGCAUGAUGACAAUCUCCUUGAUUUUCUAUAAGUUUAUUAGUGUGAUAAUAUCCUUUGAAUGUUGUCAUAUAUGUUUCUGAUUUAAUAAGCUCGGUUCUCAUG